AUGAGCGGCAGAAGUGGCUACGCCAACGGAUACGGGUAUUCCGAUGCCGGGGGAUACGACCGCAGCGAUGGCGGGUACGGCAACUUAGGUGCCAAUGGAUAUGGAAGCAAUCGCCCAGGUGGAUACGGUGGGCUUGGAUAUGAAUCUUCGCAACAGCUGUCUUCUGUGUUGCCUACGACGCAGUCGCCAGAGCGGCACCGAGAGCGGAUGGAUCGGGGCCGGCAACCGCCAUCUUCUUCGCGAUCGCGGACGAGAGAAGGGGACAUGUUACAUCCUACGAGAGACGGGCGAAGCCCAGGAGAUGCGAGUUUUUAUUCCGGAAAAAGCAGAGAGAGGGGUCGUUCGGAGGUUAGUGAUGCGCCGGGGACGCAGGCGGUCGAAGAUGUAUUACGAUCGAUCCAGCGCGAAUGGGACUUUAUGGCUUCCGACGAUUGCGUACCAGUGCAGGUUGCUUUGAGCUUGAUGGAUACGAGUACUCUUGGGAAAGCUGAUCGCGAGCCGGACUUUCUGGACAUGCACGAUCGGAUUCAAAAGACGCUUAAAUCCAUUGUGAACGAACAUCACCAGGGAUUCAACAGUUCCAUCGGUACAUUCCACAAGAUUCAGUCAAGUCUCCAAAGCUCACAAGGUCGGGUGCGUACGCUCAGGAGUGCGCUUGAUGAGGCAAAAGCCGGGUUGCUUUCGACCAAGCCCGAGUUGAAGGGGCUAGCAACAUCGUCCCAAAAAUACGACGACAUCAUUCAGCUAUUCAACCAGAUUCAGGAAAUCCAGUCACUUCCAGAGAAGCUGGAGUCCCGGAUAUCCGACAAGCGAUUCCUUGCGGCAGUUGAAGUGCUCCACGAUGCAUUCCGACUCUUGCGUCGCUCAGAGCUUGAGAACAUUGGAGCACUGGGAGAUAUUCGCGCCUAUUUUAGUAACCAAGAAAUCUCGCUUACCGAUAUUCUAGUUGAGGAGUUGCACGAUCAUCUGUAUCUCAAAUCGCCAUAUUGUUCUGACCGGUGGAAGCCACCAGCGUCUGACAACGGCGGCAGCGGGAAUCCACAUGCCUGGACUGGGAACGGAUCUUGGGAACGGCCCGUUUUUGGAUUCCUUGCUAAGUUAGAUGCUUCCUCACCUUUGGUCGAAGAUGCGUCCCGGAACCCGGAGGCCGAUACCUUCCAGUACAUUCGGUUACUAAUUGAAGCCUUGAACAAAAUGGGCAAUUUGGAUAUUGCAGUCAAUCAGAUCGAGCAGCGACUUCCCGUGGAACUUUUCACCGUUGUAGACAAGACAAACGCCGAGAUCGAUGCACGGUAUCCUAGCUCCCCUCGCGGCUUCGCCCAAGAGAACACGACCGACUCGCCAACAGAGGCUAUUGAGAAGCGCGGUCAUGUUCUGGCGGAAUAUCUGUGGACACUGUAUUCCAAGUUUGAGGCGAUUGCUGAAGGUCAUCGUGUUUUGCAUGAUGUGAUCGCUGGUAUUGUUGAGCGCGAAGGGAUUCCCAAGGGAAGUGCUCUUUCUGGUGGUUUCAAGGAGUUGUGGAAGUUGUACCAGAGCGAGAUUCGGUCUCUUAUGCACGAUUACCUCGCUACUGAUGGAGAGUCGUCUAUCCGGCCAGAUGAAACUGACAACAAGCGUCAUAUCUACAACGGCCAGAGAGACAAGAAUAAGAAAAUGUUCAAACUGUCCGAAAUUGGUCGGAACACGGAGAUGAAAGCUGAGCAAGACGAACUGGACGAGAUCCUCCAGACUUCUGUCCCCGGUUUGGUGUCCAAGUCGAGACAGAGAGCAGUCACUAUGGACAACUCGCAGUCAAGACAAGGGAAUUCUGGAACUGGACACAAGAUCCUCAUUGAGCCAAGUGUGUUCAACAUGGGUCUUCUUCUCCCUCCAUCUCUUCAGUUCAUCCAGAAACUGAAGGACAUCGUCCCGGUGGACUCGGAAAUUGCUAUGAGCACCCUGACCUCUUUCUUGGACGAUUUUCUUGUCCAUGUUUUCCUUCCCCAGUUGGAUGAGACCGUUACGGAUCUUUGCACUCUCAGCUUCAUUGCGCCAGACGCAUUUACUGAAGAUCCUCACUGGUCGCAGGUAUCCCCUCGGCCUAUUUUCAAGGGCACGGUAAAAUUCAUGUCCAUCAUCAAGGAGUUCAGUAAAAUGCUUUCCAGCAUCCCUCAUGAUCCAGCAUUUACACAACUGGUGAUUACCCAGAUCGUAACCUUUUACGACAAGUGCUUUGGAUGGUACAAAGCAAUCGUGGCCAAGGUUUCACGUCGGGCUGACGCCGGUCUUCAGCUCAAAGCUGCUGCAUCGUACAUUGAAUCUGGCGUCAUUCGAGAUGUGGUCAGUGAACUGAGGGCCGGAAGUGGUAACAAGUCGGAACUCAUCGACAAGGAAACCGACCUCCUUAUCAAACGCACGGAUGAAGUGCCGCUAGAACCAUACGAUAUCAUCUCGGACCCGAAGACAGUCGCCGCCCUGUCUCUCCUUUACAACAGCAUGCAAUGGCUCUCAAGUCACCUCACCAAACUCCGCAAGAUAACAGCCCCAUCCUCCGACUCAAACCAACAACACUCCCGCUCCCACUCCUCCGGCCCAGCCCCCCGCCGCUGGACCCUCGUCGGCGCCGCCAUGAAGCCCAAACACGACCACCUCAGCCAACAACAACAAACCUACCUCCCCCUCAACACCGAAACCGCCCAAGCCUUCGACACAACACUCCAAUCUCUCCGUGACCUCGCCUCCAGCGCCCUCUUCGCCCUCCACGUCGACAUCCGCUGCGGCGUCAUCCACAUGCUAACCCGCACAAUGGCCGGCCCCAACAACACCCACCAACGCAGCAGAAACUCCGAACCAACAACCCCCUCCCCCAACACAGACAACAACUGGUGGCACAUCAUCGCCAACCCACCCACCGCAGCCUCCGCCACAGUCCUAGAACUGAACAACGACCUUAUCGCCUUCGACACAAACAUCUCAGCCGCCCUCGGCCCCACAGAACGUUGGUUCAUCACCUCCGGUCUUGCCCGCUUCAUCGACCGCACCUUCGUCUCCUGCACGCGACACAUCGGCGCGAUGAACGAGAACGGCGCCUUGCGCCUGCAACUCGACGUCCUCGUCCUGCAACAGAAUCUCAAGAAUAUCAUCAUCUACCACCCAGACCACAACCCGCUCUCUUCGCACGCCCCCGAACCAGACACAGAGAACCACCAGCCCCAAGAAACGCAAGAAGAGAUAGUAGCCCUCCCCCUCAGCGCGAAAUUCCUCGACUGGUUCCUCGAAGGCGCAGUCAAGGCGCUUGACUACGCAAAGGAAGAGAAAGAGUCUUUUGCAGCGGAUAGUGCUAAGGCGUUGGCGAGUGGGAACGGGGAACCGUUUACGUAUGAUGAGCUGAGGGUUUUGGUUGAUUUGUGUUUCUCGGAUGUGUUGCGUGGGCCUCGCGGAGCGGAGGAUCGGGAGGGGUUUAUGGCUGCAAAGAAGGCGAGUGCGGAUGCGUUGUUGAGGUUGAAUGAGGUUAUGUGGGAUUCGAGGUGA